AUGACGCCAGCCAGAGCAGGAUUCUGCCCUCUGCCGCUGCUCCUGCUGCUGGGGCUGUGGAUGGCCGAGGACCCAGUCGGUGCCAAGCCCAGAAACGUGACCUCAGCUCAGUGGUUUGAAACUCAGCACGUGCAGCCCAGGCCUCAGGGAUGCAACACGGCGAUGCAAAACAUCAACAAGUACUCCAGUCGCUGCAAAGGCCUCAACACCUUCGUGCAUGAAUCCUUCUCCGGUGUGGCCGCCACUUGUCAGACUCCCAGCAUAACCUGCAAGAGAGGCCGUGAAAACUGCCACCGGAGCCAGAAGCCUGUAUCCCUGACCGUGUGUAACCUCACCUCAGGGAGGUACCCAGACUGCAGGUACAAGGAGGAGCAACUGCACGCUGCUUACAUCGUGGCCUGUGACCCUCCCCAGAAAGGGGACCCCAGGAAAUUCAAGCUGGCUCCUGUCCACCUGGACGAUGUCCUGUAG